ACCCAAGUCUGAAUCCCUUCGAUUAGCGUAUAUGCACGUACAGUGCCGCCUGUACGCAGCGGUGACUCCGUUGUGAUCUGCUUGGCCCGGACGUGCGUGCAUCAGGGCACUGAGCACUAUCUCCCAAAUAGGUAAACUUGUAACAGUGUGUUAAUAUUAGAAAUAACGCGUUGCUACUUGUAAAUUUUAAGUCGUAAUACACAUUGCAAAAGUUGGUUUGUGAAAGCAUAGGUCAUGGGCGCCCGCUGUCUAUGGUCGGACCUGGAUGUGACUCUUGUAAAUUAAAGCCAGCAGGUGUAUAUUACAAUACCAUUGGUUGAAGUGUUGAGACCCGUAUGAAUCAUUACAAAGCAGGUGUGUGCGCGCCGGCACGGAUGAUGGCCCUUGGUAUACACACGGGUGGCUACUGACUCGUUCGCCAUAAUGAUGAGUUUUAGAAGAACGCACACCGAUGGUGUAAUGUGGGACAAUACAACGACUUCAUCGCAUAGCGACAUGGGUUUCAAGGGCCCUUUGGAAUUUGAAAAUAUCACCAACCCUGCUACAUUUGACUCUACAGUUCGCGUAGCUGUAGAACGCCUGCCUAGCGCAUGGAGCUCAAUCAAACGGUUGUAUAGACCUAUAUGCUCAUGGAAUCGCUGGUACAGGGAAGAAGUUGGUACUUGUGGCGCGUUUGUCACCCAAGCUCAUGCGCAAACUUUUAAGGACCCUUCUUUAGAACGACUUUAUGCUCUAAAUAUCAAUGAUUUGAUGCUUAGGCCCUUUAUGUGGUCUAACGUCGCAAUGAUGACAUUGAAAAGUUUGACUUGGCUACUGAUAGCUCUAAUGGUGAAUUACAGCGAUCUCGAAGAUGUAGUGUCACCCAUGGUCAUGUAUCUAUUUCACACUGCCGUGGUUACAAGCGUCCUAGUACUGUCACUGCCGUUGGCGCCGACGCUGGGUAUUUUGACCGCUUAUACAGAGAUUUUAUGUUAUGCCUCAUAUACUGUAUUAGUGGUACUUUGGGGGUGUUGGCACCAUCUAGUACAGCACAGCAUGCAUUCAUUCGUUGGUGAGUCAUCGAAGAUGUCCAUUUUGCAGGCAAUGUCCUGGAUAUCGCUUUUCAUAUUUGGUACCGGCUACGUGAUGAUAGUCGCACUAUUCGUACACUCAAGGAUGCGAUGGGCUAUUGGUGUUUAUGCAGUCCACAUAAGUACCCAUGUGCUAGGCACUAUUAUCAACUUGAUUAUUCAACCCAGCUGGAUUGUAUGCCUCAACGCUUCGUUAGAGGUUUUCCUCAUUUGUUGUAUAGUAGCAUUCUGUUACUGGACAGCAUGCCAUUCUGAACUGGAAACAAGACUUCAAUUCCUUUCGUGGACCACGAGAUAUGUGUCAAAUAAUAAAGGUUCUCUGAUAUGGAGAAGUACCGUGCAGUUUGCCAGCGCUGCAGAAAGGCUGUAUUUAGGAGUUCGCGAAUGUAAAACGCUUUUACAGGAUGUGCAUACAGAUAUACAGACAGGGGGUGUGAGUAACCCGGAAUCCAUAGCGAAGCUUAGUGGCGCACUAGAACGCUGUAUAGGACACUUGCAUUCAGGAGAUAAUCUAUACGGCUUGAGUUACGGCGGUGCGGAUGUUGGUAACGAACAGCUAGAAGUUAUCGACGCGUAUCUGUGCUGCUCCAAGGCAAGGUUCAGCACGCAAAAUACCAUAGUACCCCAAAGUGCAAGUACAUCAAUCAACCUGGAAACAAGACCUUCAUUUCCUUUAUCAUUGGGGUCAAUUGAAAUAGCGUCUAUGGAAGUACCGAUCUUUGAUAGCAUAGAUAGGAACGUUUUGCUAACGGAUUGGAAUUUUGAUGUCCUUGAAUAUUUCAAAAAAACGCCAGCAGGAUUCAUGUCCAUUGGAUACACGCUGUUACAGAAAUACCAAGAAGAUUAUGGAAUCGACCGAUCUGUAGUGGUGAAUUUUUUAUACCGCAUAGAAAAUCAGUAUCGCAAUGUGCCAUACCAUAACAAAAUGCAUGGCGCAAUGGUGGCACAAAAGGUAUUGUGCCUAGCCUCAUACACCGGCCUUCUAGAACAUCUGAGUAUAUUGGAUGAAGCGUUGCUUAUGGUAGCAGCCCUGUCUCAUGACGUUGGACAUCCUGGAAGAAAUAACGCAUUUUUCGUUCGAACGCAUCAUCCAGUGGCACAACUCUAUAAUGAUACGUCUGUGUUGGAGAAUUAUCACGCAGCAUCAGCACUUAGGGUACUGUGCACGCCAGGAUGUAAUCUCUUCCCAGACUGUGACUACGAUUACGUUAGGUCACAAAUCAUAGAACAUAUACUCGCAACAGACACUGUGGACCAGUUCCACAUGAUAUCGCAAUUUGUACUGUCAUGCAAACGUGAUGAUUUCACGUUCGAGGAGUACAAUUCCCGCAUACUCACCAGUAAAAUGCUAAUGAAGGCCGCCGACGUUGCGGCGCCAACGAUGCAAUGGGCUAAUAGUCUUGAAUGGGUAUCGAGGUUACUAGGUGAAUUUUAUGCACAAGGAGCGGAGGAAGUGGACUACUGUAUACCAAUAUCGGCGUUGUGCGAUAGGCAGCACCAUGAACAGUCAGCAAAGUCGCAAGCAGCAUUCUUGCGUAUCGUAGUUGCACCCCUAUACGAAGCCAUUGCGUCAUUAGGAUCCCCGGAAAUAGAUGCUAUCAUGGACCAACUUGAAGAAAACGCGGAAAAGUGGAACGAAAUGGACAAAGCAGGUACAAUUAUAGCAUGCAUAGAGUGCGAAGAACCCAAAGCCACAGUAGACAUCUCAUCCCUUAUUGAGCCUCUGUUACCACAGAAACAACCCCUAAAUAAUAUGUAAACUGUUUGUAUACAUCUACAUAUAUUCAAAUUUAC